GCUGCAGCAAGAUGUGGGACAACCUCACCUGCUGGCCAGCCACCCCUCUAGGCCAGGUGGUCAUCUUGAGCUGCCCCCUCAUCUUCACCCUCUUUUCUGCCAGUCAAGGCCUCAACGUGAGCCGCAGCUGCACUGAAGAGGGCUGGACACACCUGGAGCCUGGCCCCUACCCUGUUGCCUGUGGCUUUAAUGACAAGGCAUGGAAUUUGGAUAAGGUGGGCUGUAAGGCAGCGGUGGUCCUCUUCCAGUACUGUGUCAUGGCCAACUUCUUCUGGCUGUUGGUGGAGGGACUGUACCUGCACACCCUACUUGCCAUCUCCUUCUUCUCCGAGCGGAAGUACUUCUGGGGGGGUACCCAGCACCUUCACCAUGGUGUGGACCAUCACCAGGAUCCACUUCGAUGAUCGCGGGUGCUGGGACACCAUCGAAUCGCCACUGUGGUGGAUCAUAAAGGCCCCCAUCCUCACCUCCAUCUUGGUGAACUUCAUCCUGUUUAUCUGCAUCAUCCGCAUCCUGGUUCAGAAACUGCGCCCCCCAGAGGUCGGGAAGAGCUCCAGCAGCCCAUACUCGAGGCUAACCAAGUCCACGCUUCUGCUGAUCCCCCUGUUCGGGGUCCACUACAUCAUGUUUGCCUUCUUCCCGGACAACUUUAAGGCUGAAGUGAAAAUGGUCUUUGAGCUCGUUGUGGGGUCUUUCCAGGGCUUUGUGGUGGCCAUCCUCUACUGCUUCCUCAAUGGUGAGGUGCAGGCUGAGCUUCGGCGGAAAUGGCGGCGCUGGCGGCUGCAGGGCAUCCUAGGCUCGAACUCCAAAUAUCAGCACGCCCUAGGAGGCAGCAAUGGCGUCACCAGCAGCACGCAGGUCUCCAUGCUGACGCGGGUCAGCCCCAGCACGCGACGCUCCUCCAGCUUCCAGGCCGAGGUCUCCCUGCUCUGA